AUGCCCGACGGGAGCAUAGUUACCACCCAAGAUUUUCAUGUGGAUCAGCGAACAGGAUUCGUGCCACCACGAAUGCCUCUGUCAAGGCUCUCUGCUGAAUGGGAGACAUGGGAGGCUACCUUGGAUGCCGCAAGAUGGCAAAAGUUCAAGGCAGCUGAGCAACUUUUAGUGCUAGAUGGGCCACAGAAAUUAGUCGAAGAGGAAAAGGCUUUGGCAUGGAGGAAUCUGGUUGACAAGAUGCCAGUCCUGUCGGUUGACAACAUCAAAGGAUGCGAAAGACAGCUUAGAAGAGCACAUCUUGUUCUUUCCUUUAUCGUCCAAUUUUAUGCGCACACGAUUCCUUCAACAGAACCAAUUUCCAUUCCCCGUUCGCUCACUGUGCCUCUUCUCAACGUCUCCCGGGAGCUGAAUCAUGCUCCUUAUGUUACUUAUUCCGAUCACGCUCUUCACAAUUGGCACCACAAACACCUCCACAGUCAAGAUACCCUUCCCACAAUUGGCAAUCUCCGGUCUCAACUCACAUUCACGGGGACUCCUGAAGAGGACGAAUUUUAUAUGAUUGAUAUACGCAUGGAACUCAAAGGUGCCGAAGCGGUCGAGUUGUUGAGACUAUCCACAGAUGAGAUCAAGGCUGGCAACGGUCUCAAUGUUGAUCGCAUUGCAAUGUAUCUCACGCAAGCGGGUAAAAUCAUCAAGGAGAUGAAAGAUAUCUUAAUGAGUAUCAAGGAGCUAGUUAGCCCUGAAGUAUUCUACCACGACCUUCGUCCAUGGCUUGUCGGGGCUGAUGCUGACAUGUGGGGUCGAAAAUGGGCUUGGGAGGGUAAAGAGGAGGUUGAGGGCUCGAAACAGAUGCUAACAAAGAUAAGUGGCCCGACUGCAGGCCAAAGUCCUUUGGUUCCUGCUCUAGAUGCAUAUCUAGGCAUAGAGGAGGACGACAGCAAGAGCGCUUUCCUGGAUCGAGUGCAAAUAUAUAUGGAUCAUAAACAUGAUGAGUUUCUUCGGAUUCUUCGAUCAGAAAAAAAAUUCAUCCGUUGCUUUAUUCAGGAAAUAGCCGAGGAACAGUCCACUAGUUCGCCAAUUGUGGUUGCGUAUAAUGCCGCGGUCCAAGAGAUGAAGAGAUUCAGAGAUGCACAUCUCAUUAUCGUGGCGUUAUACGUCAUAGUACCAUCGAAGAAGAAUACUAGGAACUCCGAUAAACGAAUCAAGAUAUCGGGUAUAGAAAGUGGCUCGGUUCAUGGUGAGAAUGGAGACGAUAGCUUAUAUGAGAAAGCUGGUGGCGCGAAUGACGAGCAGACUGGGGAGGCCGCACUGGGCGAUGAUCAAGGGGCCCAGCUAAUGAAGUUCUUGAAAGGUUUCAGAGACCAAACUAUUCAUACAUUCUUAGAAUAA